ACCGAGAAACGCAUACUGAGAGAGCUCAAAUGGAGCUUAACAGUUCCUACGUCUUAUGUGUUCCUCAUGCGCUUCAUCAAAGCCGCUGUUGCUGAUCAGCAUAUGGAGAACAUGAUGUAUUUUCUGGCCGAGCUAGGGAUAAUGAAUUAUGCCACCAUUAUAUACUGUCCAUCAAUGCUUGUUGCCUCAGCAGUCUACACUGCCCGUUGCACCAUCAACAAAAGCCUUGCUUGGAACGACACACUAAAACUGCACACUGGUUUCUCAGAGACACAACUUAUGGAUUGUGCUAAACUACAGGUUAGCUUCCACUUGAUGGCCGCAGAAAACAAGCUGAAGGUGAUCUAUAGGAAAUACUCCAAUCCCGAGAGAGGCGUCGUUGCCCUGCUCCCGGCGGCCAAAAGUCUAUUGGCUGCUGCUACAUCAUGACUAACAACAACAUCAAGCAAUUACUGUGUCUUGGAUUUUGCUUCUGAUAACAGUUGUGGAGCAAUUUUUUUUUUUAAAAUUUUUUUUCUUCAAUUUUAAAUUUGUAGUAUUU